AUAUUUUUCCUCUUUAGCCUUCGAUUUGGUUAUUUAAAAAAAGAAUUAUUAUUUAACAAGAUUUGUUUAUUAUUUUUUUGGUAUUGGUGAAAUUGGUAAAUUACCCAUUUCUGUCACCUCCCUGAUAAUCCUCGGUUCUGUUCCCAUUCGGGUUUGUGCUUGUUCGCUCUUCCCCCUUUCCUCAUUUCUCGUCUCAUCAUCUCUUCCGCAACAGUUUAACUAUCCAGUGCGUUGCCUGGAGUCUUGAGUUCUCCUUUCCUAAAGUGUAAACUGGGGUUAAAGCAUAGCCCACAUGCAGGGAGAGAGAGCCAGUCUUGGCUCUUUAUCAGAGGCCUUGAACUUUGAGCAUGGUUCUUCAUCAAGUAAUGCUGUGAUAGAUCAGCAAAUCUGUUGGGAGAAUAUCCACAAUCUUGGUGAUAACGACUUGCAGGAUUACAUGACUUCGUCUGCUGAUACAAAUAUUGCAUUUGCCAACUCAGUUUAUCAUGGGCAACAGGAUUUGCACAGGUUUAGCCAUGGUGAGGCUAGUUCUAGUGGCACGAAGAAUGAAGUUGCCAGUCAGGAUGAGCAGAGACCGGAACUUGGACACUUCGAGGAACAAAGAAAUGAGAGUAUUGAUUUGAACCCGUUUUUCUUGCAAUCUUCUAGUUCUAGUCGGGUUCCUCAGAAUGUCAACCCGAAGGCAGAAUUUAUCGAACAUCCUGGGAAUAUGACUCAUGUCAUGGGUCAUCCUGCUUUGUUUGAUGCUAAUGGACCAGGCAGCAGGCUUUUGUCACCGGGCAUGGGUUUUGAAGAGAAUAGUAGUAGAGCAGGUUCUUCCCUCGAGGGUCGUCGUGCUUCCUGCAAAAGAAAAGCUCUUGAAGGCAGCAUUGGUCAAUCCUCUUCAAGUGGAGGCUUUCGUGAUUUCCGGCGUGAAGAAAGCAGUUCUUGGACCAUGGCUCCGGCGUUUUAUAACCCAGGAAGUGGUUUUAACAUAUCUGGAUCUCUUGAUCAAGGUCCAAGGGGAUUGGUCUCUGGUGUUGUUCCAAACUUUCCUGUUCCUGCAAUUGCAGAGAGCUCCAGUAGAAAUUUGUGUAUCAGGGUUAAUCCCUCGGAUCACCAAGAAACUGUAAACCCAGCCAUCUUUUCUGCAGGAAGUGUUGUCAGGCGACCUGUUGCUCCAUCCUUGUCGAAUUCAUCAAGACUUCUGCCAGCCGAUCAACAUCCUUUAGACUUGAGACAUGGACAUGCUUUAGGCAAUGUGGUUUCUCAGAACCCAAAUGUUCCUACUCUUCAGAUGCCGCCUAUUUCAAGAAAUAUGCUGCCACCAUUCCGAUGGAAUGGAGGCCCAGUACCGGGUGGAUCAUCCAGUUCUGUUGCACCUAUUGUCAGAAACGUGAUUCAACGAGAUGAAUCCAGGUCAAGAAGCAUAUCAAGGAAUAUUCUAGAGAACCCCUUGUUUGUUCCAACACCUGAAAUGAGAAAUUUCUCCCGCAGUCAGAUAACUAGAAACGUAACCAGUGGAAACCUAAACUUUGCUGGAAAUGUCGCGUCAUCUUCCUCCAGAACAGGCUCAAGUGCAAGUGUUCAACCCCCUCCAUCUAAUGGAGCUUGGGCUCCUCCUUAUCAGAGUAAUUCCUCACUCUAUCAAAGAAGAUUAUCCGAACUUGUCCGCAGGUCAUUGCUCUCUUCCCUUGCUGUUGAUGGUUCGAAUCAGAGAGCCGGUAAUAAUCCAAUACUUCGUUCUCUCGUCCCCUCUGCUUCUCCGGAUGAGAUGUUGCUUCAGUCUGGAGGUGACAAUAGCCAGACACGUAAUCGUGCAUACCCGAGAUCAGCUCCGUGGUUGGAAAGACAAGGUGAUGGAGUGAUUGGGAUUCCCAAUUCUUUGCGAGUCUUGGCAUCCGCUAGUCGAGGAAGAGGGGGGAUGACUUCCGAGCAGCUCCGCAAUGUCAUGGAUCUCGUGCGUAGAGGAGAGCACUUGCGGCUCGAGGAUUUUAUGCUUAUUGAUCAGUCGGUGCUUCUAGGGGUGACUCAUGACCGAUAUAGAGAUAUGCGACUUGAUGUUGACAACAUGUCGUAUGAGGAGUUGCUGGCAUUGGAAGAGCGGAUUGGAGAUGUUUGUACGGGUCUUAGUGAGGAAACUAUAUCAAACCGUUUGAAGCAGCGGAAAUUUGAAAGCAGUAGCAGAUCUUCGCAGGAAGUAGAACCAUGUUGUGUUUGCCAAGAGGAAUACAGCGAAGGAGAAGAUGUGGGGACGCUGGAAUGCGGGCAUGAUUUUCACAGCCAAUGCAUCAAAGAAUGGCUGAAAAGGAAAAAUCUUUGUCCAAUCUGCAAAACCGCAGGCUUGAACACUUCAGGCAAGCCAACAGGAUGAUGAUCCAACCAAAGCCAAUUCAGAUGUUGCUGUGGAGUUUCCAUUUUUCAGAGUUAACCAUUCAUUUAAAGAAACCAAAAAAAGAAAAAGGAAAAGGAAGAAGAAGAGACCUGGUGGGUGAUUAUUGAUUGUGUUCAAACCCUUCUUUCUCCUUCAAUUCAUUCUUCUGUUCAUUGCAGAGAGCCUCACCAUAACAACAAAGGCAAGUUUGUUCCUUUUUUUGUUCUCUUCUUUGUUUUUUCGGGUUUGGAGAUGAUUGGAGAAUCUCAUGGUCGGGAUUGUGGUAGUUUUGUCUGAAAAAAUUGGAUUUUGAUGGAAAGAUUGAAAGAGAAGGGGAGAAGGGAGAGAGGGAAAACUGGGUUCUUCUUGGUUAAUUUAAUUUUACCAGUUAGUUUUUAUGAAUACCCAAGUAAAAGAACCAAGGAAAAAAAAGUUUGUAGCCUAUUGGCACUAUAGAUCUAUGGAUUUAUUAUCAUUGCAUUGAGUUGAUUACUCAUCUGUUUUA